UUAUUGCACUGGAAGAACUGUACUAUGGAAAGAAAACCCUAGACAGUUUAAUUUACAUUUUGAGAGACCACCCGUGGGAUUUAACGACACUGUCAACGGUAAUUACAUAAGAGACAUCCUUGAGUACACAUUACAGUCCCUGUUUCAAAUAUGUCCAAGAACUCCAUCCACUGGUUCCGGAAAGGACUGCGUCUCCAUGACAACCCGGCUCUGCUGGAGGCUGUGCGGGAUUCAGACACGGUGCGCUGUGUCUACUUCCUGGACCCCUGGUUCGCUGGCUCCUCCAACCUGGGGGUCAACCGGUGGAGGUUCCUGCUGCAGUGUCUGGAAGAUCUAGACGCAAGCCUCCAGAAGCUCAACUCCCGUCUAUUUGUGAUCCGAGGCCAGCCGGCCAACAUCUUCCCCCGACUCUUUAAGGACUGGAACAUCUCUCAGCUGACGUUUGAGUGUGACUCUGAGCCAUUCGGUAAGGAGAGGGGUGCAGCCAUUAGGAAGCUGGCCACAGAGGCUGGAGUGGAGGUGGUCAGCAGGACCUCACACACACUCUACGACCUGGACAAGAUCAUGGAGCUGAACGGGGGUCACCCUCCUCUCACCUUCAAGCGUUUCCAGAUGUUGGUGGGCUCCAUGCUGCCCCCGGACUCCCCAGUAGAGGCUCUGUCCCAGGCCAGCAUGGGUCGAUGUGUCACCCCCGUCUCAGACAACCACACGGACAAGUAUGGAGUGCCCCUACUGGAGGAGCUGGGCUUUGACACUGAGGGCUUGGCUCCAGCUGUGUGGCCUGGAGGAGAGAGUGAAGCUCUCACCAGGGUAGAAAAACAACUUAGACCUGACCUCUCCACAACAUGGCAGGUGAAUUUUGAGCGUCCCAGGAAGACCGCCAGCCCCCUGCUCCCCAGUCCUCUGGGUCUCAGCCCCUACCUCCGCUUUGGAUGUCUGUCCUGUCGACUCUUCUACAGCAAACUGGCAGAGCUCUACAAGGAGGUGAAGACGAACAACAGUCCUCCCAUCUCCCUCUACGACAAGCUGCUGUGGCGUGAGUUCUUCUAUACAGCUGCCACUAACAACCCUCGUUUCGACAAGAUGGAGGGCAACCCCAUCUGUAUCCGCAUCCCCUGGGACCGCAACACAGAGGCGCUGGCCAAGUGGGCCGAGGCCAAGACGGGCUUCCCCUGGAUCGACGCCAUCAUGACCCAGCUGAGGCAGGAAGGAUGGAUCCACCACCUGGCCAGACACUCUGUGGCUUGCUUCCUCACCAGAGGAGACCUGUGGAUCAGCUGGGAGGAGGGGAUGAAGGUGUUUGAGGAGCUGCUCCUGGAUGCAGACUGGAGUGUGAAUGCAGGCAGCUGGCUGUGUCACUCCUGCAGUUCCUUCUUCCAGCAGUUCUUCCACUGCUACUGUCCUGUGGGCUUCGGACGAAAAAUAGAUCCAGAAGGAGACUUCAUCAGGCGAUACUUACCUGUCCUGAAAGACAUGCCAGACAAGUACAUCUACGACCCUUGGAACGCCCCCAUAGAGGUGCAGUCGGCGGCCAGGUGUGUGGUCGGCGUGGACUACCCCAAACCUAUGGUGAACCAUGCAGAGGCCAGCCGACUCAACAUAGAGAGGAUGAGACAAAUCUACCAGCAGCUGUCCAGAUACACAGGAAUCUGCUUACUAGCUGCUGUGCCAAACAGUCCUAUUGAGGGUCUGAAUGUGAAUGCGGUCAAGCCGCUGACCUCGCCCUCUACUGGUAGAAAACACAGCGGGACCAACAUGGUGAGCAAGGACCAUGGCCGUGGUAGAGAAAACAGAAGUGUAAUAAUGAACGGUGAGGAGCAGAUGGGACCCAGGGGAGUUAGACCACGACCUGGACCGAUAUACACUCAGAGCUGUGGAAUGGCGCACACAGAACAGGCCCAAUCGUCCAAUCAGGAACUCUGUCGGACAGAAUGUGCCCAUGACUUUGUUGUCCCUCAGUAUCCAGGUUAUCUGGUCCGGGGCGGGGCCGGGUGCAGGUCUAGGAAGAGGAGACGGGAGUUGGAACCGGAAGUGGCCGGAGACAACGACUCUCUGUCUUACGCCUUCAAGGUGCAGCGACACAAUAAACAGAAGAGUACGUGUCAGCAGGAUGAGAGGAUGGCUGUGUCUUCAUAAGCUGCUGCCGUCAUAGAUGGAUAUUAUUAUACAUACUGUACAUAGAUGUUUAAAUAUUUUACAUUUUGUAUCAAGGAAAAGCCUCUGUUCCUGUAUGAGAUGUGGCAUGAAAGUCCCUGAGUCUUACUUUUCAGAUUUGUGAUCUCAAAUGUAUUAUUGUGAAACAGCCUGAUAGCCUGAAGACAAAUUCCAUCUGGACUUAUUCUGACAGAGCAGACAGACGAAUAAUAUAACCAUUUCACAGGAGACAUGGUAUUUAGAUCCGGAUCACCCAUUACCUCUAGUGUUUACCUUUGACCUCUAACCCUGAGGAUCACAGCAAGCGAAUUGGUCAGAUCAAACCAGCUGCUCUCUGUAGCGAAAGUGUGUGUAAUAGCAUAUGGCUGUUCAUGUGUUAUUUUCCCAACAUGUUUCUAGUUUCUGCUAAAAUGGAGGGUGAAGAAUGAAUGCUAUUCUGGGUAUAGAAUAUGAAGUGUCUAAACGAGGUCAGUGUUACUUCUGUUGGUAGACCAGUGUCCUAUACUAGACAGUAUUAGACACACAGCAGUAAUGUUCCAUCUAUCCAGCAGUCUGUUGGAGACACCGCCGUUGGAAAACGUUCUUAGAUUUACCAGAUUCUGAAAGAUGUAUUACCAUUACAUUCCUUUAUACUGUUUUCCAUAGUGUAAUGUCAACUCCCUCAAAUGUAAUAUCAGUGACCAGCAGGCAGGACGUCAAUAUUCAGUUUGAAAAUGCUAGUGUAUGUUGACUGGUAUCAUGCAGGUUAUAUGUUUCCAUAAAUAACAGUAUGUUGCUUUUGUACAUUUUUGUUUUCCCUCUGGCACUGUGUAUGGCUGCUUUUGUUUUUACAGAAUUACCAAAAAAUUGCCUUCAGAUAUACAUGUUCAAAUAAUGUAUAUACAGUAUACCUCUCUCUGCUCGUCUAUGUAGACUAUUCUAUUUCAACUGAAAUUAAAUGGUUGAAACAACUCUCUGUACACUUAACUUUUAAAUGUGUGGUUCCAUCUUGUCCGAUUUCUAAGGGUAUUUUAAUUUGUUUAGGAAUUUGCAACAUUUGAUUAAUUAUUUCAUAAGAGAUAUUGGUAAUUACAAUCAUUUAGCUGGGGCACUCAUUCUCAUCUGCUUCUGUGUUUGGAAAUAGUUGACUUGGAGAGACCAUCUUGGUUCCAGACUGACACCAAGGAUAUGGAGCAGGCAAGCGUCUGUAAACAUCCCUGCCUGAGACAUAACAUACAAGAUACCAUUGGUUUAUCAGCAGCUUGUUGAAAUAGACAUAAGUGAUCAUUUGUCAUUUAGCACAUCUCCUUUUGGUACAUGUAGAGCAUUAAA